UCUUAUUCUAACCUCAAUAUUUUAACUGUCAAGUGGAAUGUGUACCCAUAUACAAUACAAUACAUAACAGUUAUAAAAUAGGACUAGAAUAAGUUGUUAAAUAAUUGUUGAUUGAGCAAACUCAACAACAAUGGGGUCUCGACAAAUCACAGAAAAAUCGCUGUCUAUGUUGCGGUCUUUACCGAGAAUAUCACUGCAAAAUAUUCGAGACAAUCCUAACUCAAAAUUAAAAAAUAAACGCGGCCGUGCUCAACAUGGGGGUGACAAACACGGCGCAGGAAACAAAGGCUCUGGUCAAAGACAGAAUUUUAUGAGACUUGGUUAUGAAACAGGAAAUAAUCCUUUUUACUUACGUAUACCGCAAGAGCAUUACUACAGGGGUCACCAUCUCCGAAGAGAAUAUCCACCUCUGACAUUGCACGAACUACAGAGAAUAAUUGAUAAAGAUUGUGUGGACACAUCCAAGCCAAUAGAUAUCGCUAGUUUAAUUAAGUCUGGAUUCUAUAAUUUCCAACCAGAUCUAAAGCAGUUCGGUAUUAAUCUCACUGAUGAAGGUGCAGACAUAUUUGCUGCUAAGAUAAAUAUUGAAGUACAAUGGGCAAGUGAACAAGUUAUUGCUGCUGUAGAAAGAAAUGGUGGAGUCAUUACAACUGCAUAUUAUGAUCCACACAGUUUGUUGUUGCUCAAAAAUCCUAAGAAGUUCUUUGAGUCAGGUCAAGCCAUCCCAAGAAGAAUGAUCCCACCCUCCGAUUUAAUUGAGUAUUACACUAGUGCUAAAUCAAGGGGGUAUCUAGCAGACCCAGAGGAAAUAUCAAAGGAAAGACUAAAACUUGCUCAGAAAUAUGGAUAUACUUUACCAGACAUAGAAAAGGACUCUGAUUAUAAAAUGAUGAGUGAAAGAAAGGACCCAAGACAAAUAUUCUAUGGCUUGGAACCUGGAUGGGUGGUAAACCUAAAGGAUGAAUGUAUUUUAAAACCUAAAGAUCAAGAACUGCUUUCUUUCUUUAACUCGUAAUAGGUGAAGAAUAAUUAUUAAAUAGUUUUAUGUAGAUCA